AUGUUUGACGUUGUUAUCAUCGGUGCCGGAUUGUCUGGCUUGCAAGCUGCAUACUCCGCCAAGAAAGCGGGACUGAAAGUCGUCGUCGUUGAGGCACGCAAUCGCGUCGGUGGAAAGGUUUGGACGGUGCCACUCGCCUCGGGGCGAGGAUAUGCAGACCUUGGGGCUGCCUGGAUCAAUGAUGAAUUGCAAAAGCGGGUCACGGCGUAUGCUAGACAAUUCGGCCUGAAGACAACGAAGCAGCGACUGGAAGGCAAGGCAGUUAUGCAGCUCUCCGGAGAUGAGCGGUUCGAGUUUCCAUUUGGGAUUACACCUAAGUUUUCGCCAGAAGAAACCAAGAAUUUAGAAUAUAUCCGCGAUCAUAUUCAAGCCAAGUCCCUGCGAAGCGAGCCACCUCUCCCAGAGGAUGACAAUGUUACAAUCGAGCAAUAUCUUCUGAAACUCGGCGCCGGGCCCAAAACGCUGGCGAUGGUCAACGUAUGGGCAAAGGCUAUGCACGGCCUGGAAAUUGAUCAAUACUCCGCUGCAUGGUUUAUUGAUUACUGCCGGACCAAUGGUGGUCUCCUCUCGGUGCGUGCGGACGACCACACGGGUGGAAACUACAUGCGUUUCGAAAAAGGUGCCCAACAAGUACCGAAUGGUCUGGCCAAACUAAUUGGCGAGGAGGACAUUCGUCUGAAUGAACCCGUCGCGUCAAUCCAGGAUCACCAAGAUCAUGUCACGGUGACCACAACCACUGGCAAUACCUACACUGCACGCAAAUGCAUUCUCUCAAUCCCUAGCACCUUGUAUAAGGAUUUAAAUAUCUUCCCCAAACUUCCUCUCCCCGUACAGGAUGUCACGAAUAACACCGUCUUGGGCCACUACAACAAGUCCAUUGUCUGCUACAACACGCCUUGGUGGAGAAAGAAAGGGUUCAAUGGAUUUUUCGUGAGCUACGGUGGAGGGCCAGUUGCUAUUGCUCGUGAUAGUAGUGUUGACGAGAUCGGCUAUUAUUCUCUUACUUGCUUUGUCAAUGGCCGUCCUGGGGAGAAAUGGGGAAACUCGUAUCCACAUGAACGUCGCGCGGCGGUUUUGAAUCAGCUUGCGGCCAUCUUCGACGCAGAACCAGAUUCGGAGCUUUGGAGGCCUCUUGAGAUCUUCGAGCAAGUGUGGCAGCACGAACGGUACAGCAAGGGUGCAUUGGCCCCCGUCCACGCCUUAGGGCACUAUACAAAAUAUGCCGCAUUCUACGGCAAGCCUGUUGGGAACCUUCACUUUGUGGGUACAGAAUACUCAAGGGAGUGGAAGGGAUACAUGGAAGGCGCUCUUUGCUCCGGCGAGAUCGGAGCGCAGGAGGUCAUUGACGCUCUCAAGCAAGGACCAACAGCCAAGUUGUGA